CUUCCCUAGCAGAGGGAAUUUUGAAUUUUCAUGCGAUUUAUACUCUUACAAUAAUGAGUCUAAUAUAAUUUUAUUAAAAACCCCGGUUACAUAAGGACUAUGUACUUUUGUCUUAGGGAGUGAGAAGACUAGAAAAAGCUCGUGAUAAACGAUGAAAGAGGAGACUACCGAUAUAAAACAGAUUCACGACGACAAAGACCUCAUCUGUAGUCUUUGUAAGAGAUGUGACAACAUUCCAGAGAAGUAUGGAGAGAAGAUCACCCUCCAACAGCACAAACUGACAGUCCACUAUUUCUGUUUGCUGAUGUCUAGUGGAAUAUGUCAGAGAGGGGAGGAAGAUGAAGACGUUCAUGGUUUUCUUGUGGAUGACAUAAAAAAGGAGAUCCGCAGAUCUUCGAGGCUGAGGUGCAUGCACUGCAAAAAGGUUGGUGCUUCGGUGGGGUGCUCCAUCAAAAGAUGUCGGCAAAUGGUCCACAUGCCCUGUGGGUUAGAGCAGGAGUUUAUUUUCCAGUUCACCGACUUGUUUCCGUCUUUCUGUAAAAAGCAUGCACCUAGUCAGUCCUGCGUCUCUAGCCCCAGUCUGCCCCUCUCUUGCUCCGUCUGUCUGGAGCCCAUUGAACCCGUCCUCUCCUACAAUGUCCUCAAGUGUCCUGCGUGUCAUGGCAGCUGGUUUCACAGAAACUGUGUACAGCAUUAUGCACACAGCGCUGCCAUGUUUUUCUUCAAAUGCACACUCUGUAAUAACAAGGACCAGUUUCAGCAGGAAAUGCUCAGAAUGGGAAUAUGUAUACCAGAGCGGGAUGCAGCAUGGGAACUAGAGGAAAAUGCAUAUGGAGAUUUAUUGCAAGUGUACCAGCACUGUGAUGCUGUGAAUUGUCGCAGUCAGAAAGGUCGUAAAUAUAGCUCACAGUCAGGGUAUUUUGAAAUUGUUCGCUGCAAGUUGUGCGGAUCUAGGGGAACUCAUCGAAAAUGUUCCAACCUUAAGCUUUACGAAAGCAACUGGAUCUGUGCUGACUGUAAAGCUGCUGUUGAGGGAAAAAAGUCAGUGUCAUUGCCAAACUAUAUUGAAUCACCACUGGCUAUAAGGCAAGAGAGGAAGCGGCUGUUUAAAAACAUCUCUGACCUUCACUCUUCACUCAUCAGUAAAAGGUAG